AUGCCAACAUGGACCUAAUUGAAAUGUCCUCAAUGUAUUGAUGAGGGAUAAAUAAAAGCAAAACACGUUUCAUUUGAUUAAUUUUUGCAUGAUAUAAAAUCCAAGUGUAGUGGAUAGCAUCCAUAAAAUGGAAGAUGCAAUAGUUGUCUUCCCUCAUCUAUGGUAAUCAUUUGAUAUCGAUCGUAGAUAUCAUAUCAACUUAAGCCAGAUUGCAAUAAGCAUGCUCCAUAUCCAAAGGCUAUGUGUAAUAAUUGUCUUCCACCAUCAAUCUUACUGAAAAGAUAAGAGUACAGACACGUAGAUUAUGUGGAAUUCUUGAACUUUCCUGAGAUGUCGAAUUUUGUGUAAUAUUGGACAAGUUAAGAUAAAACAAAAUAGGGAAUGGGAUUCUUAUAUGGAUAUUAUGCUGAAGACCCUAUUUAUCAGAAAGGUGUUAGAGCCAUUGUUGAAGCCAUUUAUGAACCUCCUCAAAAAGGAACAUUUGGUCAUGUUGAUUUGUUAUAAGAUCCUGAUUAAAGUCAUGCUGAUGAAAUAGCAGCUAAUUUGGGAAUGGAAAGAUCGGGUGGUAAUAUAGAAUGUGAAUCAGGAUUGUUUUUUAUCAAGUGAAUAAUUGAGAUAGGCUGCACAAUACUAAUAAAUUUAUUCUAUUAAACACCCAGAAGGUUGUUUAGUAAGCAAAUUCUUAACUGUUGUGCUAAGAAGUAAGAUUAUUAACAAGACCAUCUUUUGUGUACAAUGGAAAGGCAGUCAAAGAGUUUGAGCCAGACUUUUUAAUAGUGAAUGUAAUAAUAAAGUGAAUAUUUAAAGGUUGCUCAUGGAUACAAUCCGAAUUCAAGGUAUAGCAUACUAAAGUUGUAUGAUUUCCCCGUUGAGAAUAGAUCUGCAGCUGUUAAGUAGUAGGAUUUAAAGAACUUCUUUCAAAAACACGAAAAGAAACCCAGUUAUCACAGAUUUGCAGAUUUCCAUUUGUUGUUAUAUUUGAGCAAUUUAAUUGACAUACAAGUAAAUAUUUUAUUGAAAUAAAAUAGAGUGUUGCUAAUAUAGUCUAGUUUGUAGCCAGCGAAUGUGAAAUAGGGAAUUAAUUACUUAAUGUUGUGAAAAUGUAUGCAACAAAUUUUAUUGAUAUUAGAAAAAUUAAAAUAUUUUUAAUAAAUGGCUAAGUUUACAAACAAACCUAAGGGUCGUACAAGCAAGAGAUUGGCAUUGAAUAAGAAAUACAAAAUAGAGAAGAAGGUUAAAUAGCAUCACAAAAAGCUCAAAAAGGAAGCCAGAAAGAUGAGCGCCUUGGGAUAAAUAAAGAAAAGUAUUUUCAAUCUUAAUAGUAUUGUAGCAUCGUCCAAGGAAAUAGGGAUCCCCAAUAUGUAUCCAUUUAAGAAGAAUGUUAUUGAAACCUUAAAAAGAAAGAAGGAUUAAGAGGAGCAGGAGAAAAAAAUAUAAAAAUUAUAAUAAAAAGAGGAAAUCGAUCUCAAUUUGGCAGAAGUCAAAUCAAAUUUAUAUGAGACAAAGGCUCAGGUGGUUGAAGAAGAAUAAGUGCAAUAAGAGAAUUUGACUUAAUUAACCAAAGAGCAUAAGAAAUAUAUUACCUAAGUGAAAAAAGUAGCAGAAGUAAUUUAAUAUUUUAAAUUAAGGCUGCAGAUAUAUUGUUAAUAAUCUUGGAUGCCAGAGAUCCAUUGGCAUGUAGAUGUAAACACUUGGAGAGAGAAAUCCUCGGUAUGCCAGGAGAUAAAAAGAUUAUAUUGGUUUUGAACAAAAUCGAUUUAGUUCCUCCAGGUAAUGCAGAUGCAUGGUUGGCUUGUUUAAGAAGAGAAUUUGCAACUGUUCUCUUCAAAGCCAACACCUAAUAAUAAUAAUCCAACUUAUCAUCAGCCUCCAUUUACAAGAAAACCUUAUCUCAAAGACAGGAUUUGGCUGAUGAUUUGACUUCAUCAUCCAAAGCCAUAGGAGCUGACAAGUUAUUGGAAUUAAUUAAAAACUACUCAAAAAAUGAUGGAGUUAAGAGUAGUGUGACUGUUGGUGUUAUUGGAUAUCCCAAUGUUGGAAAGAGUUCAGUCAUUAACAGUCUCAAGAGAAGUAAGGCUUGUGCAGUUUCUUCUACUCCAGGAUUCACCAAGGGUCUUUAGGAAGUUGUAAUUGACAGUCAAGUGAAGAUUAUUGAUUGUCCAGGAGUGGUUUUUGAUUCUGAGAACAAGGAAAGUACUUUAUUAAGGAAUAUCAUUAAAGUAUUAUCUAUUUGUAUUAUGCAAAGAUUGAACAAAUUGAGGAUCCAAGAGAACCAAUUGGAGAGAUCUUGAAAAAGGUUUCUAAAAAUGAGUUACUCUUACUGUACAAAAUUCAGACAUUCAAUAAUGUGAAUGAGUUUUUGUGUUAAGUAGCUUUGGCUAGAGGGAAGUUGUAGAAAGGGGGCAUUCCAGAUUUAGAAUGUGCAGCUAGAAUUGUGUUACAGGAUUGGAACUAGGGAAAGAUUAAAUAUUUUACUGUUCCUCCUAAUUAAAUUGAAUAAGAAUGA